CAACCAAAACCAGCGAAGAAGAAGCGCAUGGAGCAAUUUCCCACCGUGGAAAUGGCGCUCUGAGGUGAAGAAGCCUGAAGUCAGAGGGAGCAUCUCGUGCUUGUCAGUCAGUUGAAGCGCCCGGAGGGCUCUACACAUGAGUUGUACUUUGAAAAGGAGCGGAUUAUGACAGAGAAGAGAAGGAGUCGGGAGAUUCGUCAAGGAAAUCAACGUAUUCGUGGCUCCGCUAAAGCCGUCAACAUCGAUCGGGCAGUGAACAAUGCAUGACCUGACUGCCCAAGUCACCAGCAGCCUGCUGCCUUUCCCAGGAGUGACUGUAGAUGCUCUGGGGGAGGAUGAGAUCACCCUGGACUCUGUGCUCCAUGGGAAGUUCACUGUUGGCCGCAGUGGGCUGGCCUGGCUGGCCUGCGGCCCCCAUCUGGAGGUAGUCCAUGCAUUGACGGGAGAACGGCUGUCUGCGUACUGCUUCAGUGGUGGAGGCGAGCACCCACCCAGUGUCCUUGCUGCCAGGGACUUCAGCUGGCUCAAACGGUCUGGAUUGCUGGUUGGCUUGGAGGAGGCAGAGGGCAGCGUGUUGUGUCUUUAUGACUUGGGACUUUCACGGGUGGUCAAAGCUGUGGUUAUACCAGGCAGAAUUACAGCCAUUGAGCCGUUAGUGAGUUAUGGUGGAGCGAGCACUUCAACCCAGCAUCUUCACCAGAGUCUGCGUUGGUUCUUUGGCAUUGCGGCAGUAGUAACUGAUCUCGGUCACGUCUUGCUUGUGGACCUCUGUCUCGACGACCUGUCAUGCAGCCAAAGUGAACUGGAGGCUUCAGACCUGCAGGUUGUCACUAAAUCUCCCACAGAAAUCCCCCGGCUUAGAGAAGUCAGCACCAGGCAGGGCAGACAUCUUUGUCUCCAGCUAAAUGGGCCGAGUGGAGUCGGAGUCACAGCUCUGCAGUACAUCUCCAGGACCAAUCAGCUGGCUGUGGGAUUUUCUGAUGGAUACUUACAGCUGUGGAACAUGAAAGCUCUGAAGAAGGAAUACCACUCCCAGUUAGAAGGUGGCAGGGUGCCUGUACACGCCUUCACCUUCCAGGAGCCAGAAAAUGACCCCAGGAACUGUUGCUACCUCUGGGCUGUCCAGUCUUCUCAGGACCUCGAGGGAGAUAUGGUCAGCCUCCGCCUGCUUCAGCUGGCCUUCAGUGAAAGGAAGUGUUUAGCUUCUGGGAAGAUCCUCUAUGAGGGUCUGGAGUACUGUGAGGAGCGUUACAGUCAGGAGUUAGGGGGCUCAGCUUUUCCUCUCAGGGCCCAGGCCACCAACACACGCCUGCUGAGCUGCCAGACCAUCGAGAAGUUCAGACCCCACCCAGACAGGGAUGACAGCAUGAAUGAAGUUGCAUCUCCAGACACCAGCGUGUCCAUCUUCAGCUGGCAAGUGAAGGCUUAUGGUCAGGGAAAUCUGUCUACCUACAUCGGGGUUUUUGACAUCAACCGUUGGUACCACGCGCAAAUGCCAGACUCUUUAAGAACGGGGGAGUCUCUGCAGAACUGCCCCUACCUGGCCGUGUGGUCUCUGGACCCUGUGGUGCAGAUGGUGUCUUCACACGUCCUCAUGGAUGCGGUGGUGCACGACCGCAGCCUGAGCAGAGGCCUGCCCUUCACCUGCCCCCCACCGGAACAGUACUUCAACCCCACCACUUAUAACUUUGAUGCUACCUGCCUGCUCAAUUCUGGAAUUGUGCACUUAACUUGCUCUGGGUAUCAGAAAGAGACCCUGAGCUUUUUGAAGAAAGCUGCUCCUUGCUCUAGUGACAUCAUCUCCACCAGCUACUCCCGCUGUCUCAUGUCUGGCCUUCUCUCAUCUCGCCUGGCUGACACCCAGGCCUCCAGCCUCUCUCAGGAGGAGCAGCUGGAUGCCAUCUUGUCCACAGCGGUGGAGACCAGCUCCCUGGGACUGAUCACUGGCUGUAUUAAGCAGUGGACUGCAGAAGAACAGCCUGGUUCUGCACUGAACCUGCGCUACAUCCUGGACUGGGCCUGGAACAAAGUUGUCCAGACCAAGGAGGAACUGGAUGGAAUCUGUGCACCGCUGUUUGACAGCUCCUCCAACUUCACAGACCCUCAGACGAUGCAGCUGCUGCAGCACAGCCAGAGGCUGCUCGGUAACCUCGGUACCAUCUUCCACUGUCUGCUCAGCGAAGCUCAGGAGCUCACACAGAAAGGCCUGGUGGGUCUGAUCAACAAGAACAUGGUGUCCAGUCUGAUUUCCAAGUACGCUCAGGUGGUUCUCUGGUUCUGUCGGACCGGUCUACUACCUGAAGGAUCAGAUGAUGACGCUCUCCAGAUCUCCAGACCUUUCUACACUCACUCAGUCAUCAGCAACUAUUAUACGAUACGCAGAGAGGAGCUCACCAGGCUGGCCAAGGGCAAGUGGUGUGCAGACUGCCUGAUGAUUGACGGUUUGGUCAGCCAGUGCGGUGAACGCUUGACUAACCUGUGGAAGAGGGAUGAGGGUGGGACAGGGCAAUACCCACCAGCUACACUGCAUGCCUUGUUGGACAUUUAUCUACUGGACAGCAUUGAUGAAGCUGCCAAACAUGCCAUUGUGAUAUACCUGUUGCUCGAUGUCAUGUACUCCUUCCCCAAUAAGGAGGGGGCGUCAGUCGAGUCAUUCCCCACUGCUUUUGCCAUCCCUAUUGGACUGGUGAAGCUGGUACAAGGCCUCUGGCUGCUGGACCAUCAUGAUCACCAGAGUUCAUUCGAGCUCCUCCUGCACCCAGCUGCCUCUCAGUGUCAGUUUGAGUGGCAACAUGAGCGAGUCCUGCAAGCACUGAUGUGCCAGGGCCAACACUCUGUGGCGCUACGAUACUUCCACGUCACAAAGCCCCCGAUUGCCUCCACCUCCCAGGCCAAGCUCUGCCUGUCUGUACUGCUCCACAACAGGUGUCUCAUAGAGGCGUGGUCUUUACUUCGGCAGCACUCAAAUCGCCUCAACAUGGGGGAGCUGCUGGGCUUCCUGUAUGAGAGCUGCCAGGAGCUGGGCCUCAUCAAGGAGCUGCUCAAACUGCCUCUGGGCCUCAGUGAACAGGAAUGUUUGGAGAAGUUUCUCCAGGGUACAGGGGGUCUUCAGAACAGAGAACUGCUGAUGGUUCAUUACCUUCAGCAGGCCAACUACAUUCCUGCCCUGCAGCUGAAUCACAGCCUCAAAAUGAACCUGGUGAAUGAGCGAGACCCAAAGCUUAAAGAACGAUCCAACAUCAGGAACUCUAUAUUGGAUCAGUACGGCAAGGUUUUACCCCGAGUCCAGAGGAAACUGGCAAUGGAGAGAGCCAAGCCGUACCAGCAUCCCUACGGCAUCCACAAAGAAGUUUCACGGCCGCAGCCACUGUCAACCAUCACCAAGCGUUCUACCAAUGAGAAGGUGAUGUCGAGGGCUGGCUUCAUCAACAACGUCCUGACCAAGAUCGAGGAGGUGUGGUUAGGAAAAGGACCUACCCCACAGUCCUCCCCAGCCAAGAGCAGCCCCCGGACAGCAGAUGUUCAGAGCCCCAAGCCCUCCUCCUCGGCCCUUCCUGACCCAUUCCUGGGAACUCCCAUCACCAUGACCUCCAAACGAAAGUCGAGGCUGAUGGACUUGGUGGUUCAGCCCUCCUGUCAGACCCCUCGCUCUCUUCUCAGCCCUCCCAGCUCCUGGGUUUCUCCAAAGAGCACCAGCAAGGCCCCUGAACUCAGUCUGCUGCAAACACCGCAGGUCGUCAAACGAGCUCGAGCCUUGGCUGCUUCGGGCCCUGUGUUCUCAGCCUUCACCCCUCAGUCUAUCUUACGCAGCAGCCUGAGGCCCACACCAGUCGCCACCCCUUCUGCCUCUCCAGGACGCUCCAUCACCCCACCACUCCGCAGCAAAGAGAGCCGGAUCACCUUCAUCGAAAAGGCCGAAUCUCCUGAACCAGAGAAGGGCAUCAGGUGGACCAAUGGGAUGGCGGCAGACAGUGAGAUCAGCUUGCUGACCAGAGGCCCUUCGCUGUCCAAGGUUACACGUAAGACCUGGUCCUCUCAGUUUGCUGAGGAGGAAGAAGAGGGAGGCGAGGAAGUGGAACAACCUAGUGUGAAGUUCCUGCCUCCAGAAGGUGGUAUUCUCUCGCCACAGCUGAGAUGCUUUGAGAGCAAGUCGUCCUCCAUCCAUGAAAUCGCUGCUGAAAGCCAACCAUCAGACGCAACACGAUCACGGCUUAGCCUGAGCUUCGACGCCAGCCAUACGUCCGUCCGUUCAACAGACACCACUCUGGAGUUCUUUGAUGCACCUCUGUCAGCUGCAGAGAACGACGAGGAGGAGGUAGUGACGAUUAACACGAAAGGUCUUGCUGAAACGGAAGAACCAGAGGAAACGCCAUCACCAACCACUGAGCAAACACCUCUCCUGACAUCAGAGGAUCUAGAGCGAGAAGAAGAGGAGGAGAAGGAUGAUGAAACAUUUGAGGACGUGAUGGAGACUGGUCCUGAACAGGAGGCUCAAAACGAAGAAGUCCAGCCUGAAAAGGAGGAUGAAGAGGAUGUUGAUUCAAGUAACAAACAAGAAGAUGCAGCUCUUGACGAAGAGGAGACAUAUAGUCACGAACACGUGUGUAACCAGGUGACUGAGAGCAUGGACUCUGGCACUGAGGUGGAAUGUCAGGAUCAACCAGAGACAGCUGUGGGACAGGAAGUCCAGUCAGAGGCCACCGAGUCCACAGAGGUCACCGAGCAGCUGAAACUGUUUGGAGCCUCUGAACCCAAAUGUGAACUAGAGGAGGAGCUGGAACAAUCAACAGAUAUGACGGAGUUUGUGCAGAAACAUCUGUUUGGCGGUGAACUUUCUCCUCCACUCACCCGCUCAGGAAUCCAUGACGUGUCACAGACACAGAUAUUCUUUAACAGGUAUACUGCUCCUGAUGAGCAGGAGGAGGAACGGGGAGCUGCUGAAGCCCCCCCAGUUUUCACCAGCCAAAAAUCUACGGCCUCCGUCACAUCCUCCGAACCAACUGGAACCGACUCCCACUCUGUUGUAAGUUUGAACGACAGUGAAGAGCUUUCUAGUCCCAUGUCUGAGGACGAAGAAGAAGACGAGGAUGAGGAGUCUGAUGAAGAAGAGGAGGAGGAGGACUCUGGAAGUGAAGUGGAGAUCAUUGAGGAGGUUCAGGGUAAUGGGAGACUGCCACCCCUCCAGCCCAGUUCAGUCUAUGUAGAUCAUGGACACUUCCUGCCAAGUCUGUCAGAGCAGGAGGCUGCAGAGUUCUCCCUGAUCACACCCGGGGCAGACAUGAAGUUGGUGGAGGAGGACAUGGAGGGUGAGGUGGUGAUGGUCAGGCUUGGAGCAGAUGAAGAGGGGAUGGUGGCAGACAUUGAAGAGCAAGGGUCAUCGUACAUGGAGCUCAAGCCCUCUACGACUCUCCUGGUGCCCCUGGAGCUCAUGGAGGGACAGGACGGCCUGGUGGACAGUUCUCAGCUGGGUCUUUGUGAGCUCCCACAAACCGUUGAGCCAGGCGACCCGAAGUCUGAAACAAACAGCGGCUUUUCCCUGAUGCUGGACAUGGACGAGGACGGGGAUAAAGACGCAGGAACGCUGCCUAUGGAGAAUGAUGUGCAGUUCACCGAUGCUCUCACUCUGUCUCCAGCGGUGGAUGAUAGUGAUGAACUUGUGGAGAAACCCAACAUUAUUGUUUUAGGCGCAGAUGAUCAGGAUCCUGUCCUGUCUGGAGAAGCUGCUGAAGAGGAGCAGAGAGGGGAGAUGGAUGUGUUCGAUGGACUAGAUGGACAGAUAGAGUCUGAACUUGCUGACCUGCAAAGUGAAAACAUUGAGGCAAACCAUGAGGCAGAGGAUGUUAAAGAUCCACUGGAAGCAGAGUUGGUGAUGGUGGCUGAAGAUCAGGAAUCUGCAGGUUUUCUGCUCUCUGUGCCAGCUCCUGUGGAGGAACUCGAAGUAGUUGUUGAUGUCAGAGACUCUAUGGCAGAAAAAGAUGCUGCUGAGGAGGUGAUGGAGGACGACGAGGACAAACCAGCCACUGCUGAGGUCCAGGAAAAGCCUGAAGAGAACGGAGCUGUAGAUACUGACACAGAGAUUGCCUCCAGCGCACAGACGGAGGCUGUUGUGGACGAGAAAGACCAGGAGCUCAAGGCCUCAGUAGAGACGGACGAAGAGAACAGGGAAGAAAGCAAGAUGGAGACAGAAACGAAACGGAGAGGGAGGGGAAGACUGCGCAAACAGAAAGAUGUUGAAGAGGAGGAACAACCUGUGCCAGAGACCCCCUCUUCUCUGAGGAAAAAGAAAGCUGCCUCCACCCCGACCCGGAGGACCACAAGAGGAAGGACGGUUUCCUUUAUCUCUCCUGUCGCAGAGGAGCCACAGGUGGAUGGGAAAGUAGAGGAGGCAGAAACCAGCACCCUGGUCCCUGCCUCACCCAGUCGUACACCAAGAAAAACCAGACAGAACAAGGAGAGCACAGUCAGAGUUAACACACCUCGGAGAAGCACUCGCAAUUCUCAGCCAGCGCCUCCUAAAGGACAGGAGGAGGCAGUGGAUAAUGACUUAUCGGUUGCAUCAACGUCCAUAGCCUCUUCACCAGCCAGACGGCGUGCGUCCCAGAGGGCCGCACCAACACAGUCCAGCAAGAGUGGUAGUGAGGAGGAGGAAAUCAAGGAGGUACAAGAGGACGAGGUCAUCAAUACAAGGUCUUCUCGACGAACACCGGCCAAGACUCCCACACCAGCCAAACGCAGGACCACUCAGGGAAACACCCCGCGGAGGUCCAGCAGAAAGAUACCGAGCAGCAGUGAGAAGGUGGCACCAACAACGUUGGAGAUCCUGGAAGAAGAGAAGGAACCGGAGGAGGUGUUGGCAACACCUGCCACACGAACCUCCAGGAAAACUAAGCCUGAAGCAUCAGAGACAGAGCCGGCCCUGCUGGAGGAGGAAGAAAACAAAAAGCAGCAGGUUUCCAGCCCCGGCAGGACGACUCGACGGUCCAACCGGAAUACCUUAAAUGUUUACCCACAGGUAAAACUGGUUCCCAUAUCACUUCCUCAGAGUGCCAGGAGGACGAGAGGUGAGACCGUUACCGUAAAUACACAAGAUGGUGAAGUGAACUCCCUUCGACGCACUACAAGGAAACUCUGGGAUCAACCGGAGGAAGACCUUCCCCUGCUGGACUCGCCGCUGGAGGUGGAUUCUGAAACCCCUGUCGCUGAUGCCCUCAUCAAGAGACUCAAGGAUGAAGAAGAGAAGCAGGAAGGCGCUGUAGUCGUCACCAAGAUGGUAAGAGCCAGCAAGAGGAGUACGAAAUCCUCAGUGGAGCACGUUCCCUCGCUACUUCCUGAACCUGAAGCGGACGAGUCAAGUCCAGGGGAGCAUUCAUUCAUCUACUCCCCCUCACGGAGAAGAACAAGAGCUAACAGAGGAGAGUCUCCUGGACCGAGUGAAGAGUCUGCGGCUCCUGUCACUCGCAGCAGGAGAAGAGUCGUCAAAGACGCCUCUGUUGCUCCUCAUGAUGAUGUCGCUUCAGAAGAAGAUCAGGUGGAAGUGGAGAAAGCAGCAGACGGUCGUAAGACCAGAAAAACAGGCAAACGAAUGGCCAAAUCCAAAACGGUUUCGGAGCCGCCUCCCAUAGCAGAGGCGGCCGUGCUCUCCCCCGUGCCCAGUCCAGCCGAUCCGGUCCCACGAGCCCUGAAGAGGAUUAAGGGUGCCGAGGCCCCGACCUCGAGCACUAACCUCCGACGCAAACGCAUAUUGGACGCUGCUUUUCCAAAACCGGUGACACGGAGGAAGAAACUCUAAGGAAGGUCGGUGGUGGUUUUAACCCGGCGAACCUCAAACAGCCACCAGAAGAUUUGGACCGACUCGUUCAGGAGCUGCAAAAAAAGAAAAAAAAGUGUCUGCCUAAAACUCAUGAUGGUUCUGUUUCCUCACACCCCACAUAGUGCUGCGGUUUGUAUGUCGACAAUGAAAUAAAAAGCAAUGUAGGCAUGAAAAUAUAUUUUCGGGACAAAACACACACACACACACACACACACUGACUGCCAGCAGUGUGAGAGAGGACUAUAUUUUUAGAGUUUACACGUCCCGCUCGUAUUAACUAGACAUCUCUUCAUAUUGUGUCCGUGGCCAUUUUGUGUUGGACAUUGUUGCGACGCUCCUCGUUAACCCUCCUCCCUCUCUGGGCACAGAAUGGCACAAGGGAAAGCAAACGAUGUGGGCUUUUUACAAGCUCCCGUUAAUAAAAAAACCAGAGCGAGUGAACUGAAUCCGCCUCUGAUAAAGAGGUUUUAUAGACAUUCUAUUUUAAGGUUUUUUUGUUUUGUUUUUUUUUUGUUCUGUUGUCGUUUACUUUUAAGAUUUCGAAGCCUGCUGUUUUUUCUAUUUAAGAAGAAGAGCAAACCAACCCAGUGGAGAUGAGAUUUCUACUGAUACAUUUGUAUAUAGUCUUUUUUUUUGCUAUGUUCCAAAUAAAGUUAAUAAAUAAAUCCUUAAGAAUUAUGUUCAUUUUGAAGUUUUAAGUGUGUCUGGAAUGCAUUUGAUCAUCUAAUCAGACUGCCUAUGCCAUAGUCUUAAAAUUUUAGUCAAUCUUGGGAACCUUUUGUGUGAAAGAGACACAGACUUGUACACUAUCGCCAUCGGAUUUGGACUGUUUUUUUGUAUGUCAUGGGGGAUGUUGUGUGUGCGUGUGUGUGUGAAAGAAACAAAAAAAGUACUUGCACAGCGGUUUGGAAUUGUUAAAAACAGUUUUGGGAAAUGUUAAUAGGCUUGUUUAAUUAAAUUUAUGGCAACCACCAUCUGACAUAUAGGCUAUUUUCUGAUGAAUGUAUGUAGAAUGUCUUAUUUUUGAUGACUGCUCUUUGAUAAAUAUGGUAAAGCUUGAACACUUA